AUGGACAACAGACCGGCUUCGGAGUACGCGCAGUCAGGUUCGCACUUUCCAUAUCCACCGUCUGUCGCGCCCCAUUCUGAACUUCCAGCUGCAGACCAGGCAUCUGCUGCUGCUACUGCUCAAUACACGCCUCAGCCUGAGGUGCGCCCCAAUCCUCAAUACACACCGCAACCCGAGGUUCGCCCCGCCGCCAAUAUUUCCUCUUCCAACACGCCGCAGUCGGACUACGGUCUGAAUCAGCCGCCACCAGCCGCGCGCUCUCCAGCUUAUCCUGAUUACCUCGCCCGCCCGCCCCAGUACCAUCACGCGCCGAACACACAGGCCGGUGGUGCGGCAGGUAUGGCUCAAGCAACAAGUCCGUCUAUGCAUACCCUCCAUGAUGGGCUGCAAAAUGACCAUCGCAAUCACACGAACGUAAAGUCUGACGCAGACGUUCCUAUAGAUCCCUCAAUCGCGGCCUCUAGCCCUACCUAUCCUCCUCCCUACUCGCCUUAUCAGCCACAGGGUCAUGAAAUGGCCCAGUAUCAAGGUCACCCUCCUCCGCCGCCUCCACAGAUGUAUGCGCGUCCAGAUUGGUCGCAUGGGUAUGGUCAACAUCAGCACGGUCUGCCUGGACCCUAUACCACUCCUGCCACAACGGUUGGUCCCGCCUCCCCUGCUGCGACCGCAGGGCCGCGCCCUGGCCAGGUCUACUCAUUCGUUCCGAUUCCCGGUGCGCAACAGCACAAGCGACCCCGUCGUCGGUAUGAGGAAAUCGAGCGUAUGUACAAGUGUGGAUGGAAUGGCUGUGAAAAGGCAUAUGGUACACUGAACCACUUGAACGCGCACGUUACCAUGCAGUCUCAUGGAGCCAAGCGCACUCCUGAAGAAUUCAAGGAAAUUCGCAAAGAGUGGAAGGCUCGCAAGAAGGAGGAAGAGGCUCAGCGCAAGGCCGCCGAGGAGCGUGAACGUGCUGCUGCUGCUCAGGCUGCGCAAGCCAACCAAGUUGAUGCUCCUGGCCCUGGCGAUCCGGCGCAGGCCGGUCAGCCUCCCGCCUACCCGGGCAGUGUCCGUCCUCAGCUGCCCCCGAUCGGGUAUCAGCCCGCUGACGGCCAGGUGCCUGGUCAGUACGGAGCUCCUGGCGGUGGCAUGGUUUAUCAGGGCAACGGACAGAUGGCCUAUCCUCCAAACUACCCUCACUCGCCUUACGGCCAGAGCGGUCAAGUAUAUCAGCAACGUAAGUAG